CACUUUCAAUGUGGAUGACUUCAUCUCAACGUUUAGGCUUCAAGCAAGUCAAUUUGUUUCCUGAUAAUGCCCAAUGUGUAAGGCUACUACAACCCCAUAUCCAGGCCAAAUUUUGGCAACAUCUAAGGCCAUUCUUGUCAUUACAACAAAGGAAAACGAUCCUUGGUGUCUUCCGAUCACAUCAGAAUCCAACAACGGUCCAAAAAAGCAACGUAUAUGCAUAGAUAAAAGAGCUAAAAAGCAAAAACAAGAUUGAGGGAGAGAGAGAGAGAGAGGGAGAGAUGGUUUGUGGGUCGGUUGUUUUUUUCCCAUACUUAGAGGGUGCUUUUGAAUUUUAAUGCGUGGGUCUGCUGCAGUUGCAGGUUUUGCUACUUGUUCUUUUACUUUGGGUGGUCAUGAGGUUCAUUCUUUCUUGCUUUACAGACCGUAUGUAUAAACAUCGACACUCAUCAUUUCAUCUGUAAAAUUCGUCAUUGGUUCCCUUGAUGCCUGACAGCGGAGCUGCAUUCAAUCAUUUUCUACACUCGCAGAGUCGUAGGACAAAGUGAUAAAGAGAGGAGAUUCCCAGUUCCACAGAGCUCUCAGAUUACCCAGUUGUUGGUGAGUCGUUGUUGUUUUGGGGGUUUAAAGAAAUUCUCUGAAUUGAGUAUUCGAGGAUAACCGUUUCGUUUUUCUUCCUCGUCUCGGAAAUGAUGUAUUUUGUGGGUUUUGCAUAUGACUAGAUUAGGUUCCAGUUUGAUAUAUAGGAAUUUCUCGGUUGAAAGAUUCGGUGCUUUUAUUGUAGGAAACAUUCCAGUUUCUGGGAUAAGUUUAAGUGAAAAAAAUUCGCAACUUUGUCUUCCAAACCCUUGUUUUCUUGUACUUCUCCUACGAAGCAGCAAUUUUCCUUUCUAACUCGAUGGAAUUUUAAUUUCAGUACUCUCGAAGUCUGGGGAAAUAAUUCUGGAGCGGUUCUACUUCUUAUCAGUUGGGUGAUUUUGAAAUUGAAAAACCCUUUCUUUUUUGUGCUUUUCUGAAUUAAUUAUUAUUCACCCGAAAGGAAGAAGAGUUAAAACCUUUUUAGAGUGAGGCCUUCAUCUUCUUGAAACUUUUACCUUCUUCUGCCAUUUGAGGAGAAUUAGCUUUGCUGCUAUAAUGAAAGUUUAGGUGCUUCUUGUAUUCCUAUAGGAGUCCACAUCCUCGUUUUCUUAGUGAAAGCCUUAUCUUGAGGAAGUCUAGCUUUAAACUCUUGUUAAUAUGGCUGAAAUCAGACUCACCAAGUUAGAGCAGGGUCAGACCAAGAUCAAGAAUGUUCCAAUUGCUGUGACCCCAGAAGGAUUCUGGUGCUGCCCUUCUCCUGUUGUGUUUCAGAAGACCAUGAAGACACAACAUCCUCUGAACAAGCCCAAACCAUCCUCUCCACCACCCAAGACCCCUCUUCCGAAGAAACAUUCCCCCGGGACCGACAAAAAGCCAACAUCCAUCCCAUCACGAUCAGCAAAUACUUCCGAUGAGCAAAGAAAUACCAGCUCUGGCACACCAGUGGUUUCUGAGAGAGUGUCUCGAUCAAAGAUUGAAAAUUUGCGUAGGAAGGUGUCCAUUGAAUUUGGUGAGCCUGGAAACAGUGACCUGAAAGUAGUUUUGCUUGGGAAGCAGGGUUUUGCAGUAAGGCUAAGCGUUCACAAGAACGUUCUUGCUGAAUAUAGUAGUUUCUUUGCGCACAAAUUGUUGGAACAGCAACCUGGUUUGUCCUGUCUGGAGAUUGAUGAUUGUGAGGAUAUUGAGAUAUAUGUUGAAACUGUGGGACUGAUGUAUUGCAAAGAUUUGAAGCAGCGGUUGAUUAAGCAAAACCUUUCACGCGUGCUGCGUAUUCUCAAGGUUGCGGAACAGCUUGGCUUCGACAUUUGUAUACGGUUAUGUUUGGAAUACCUGGAGGCAGUCCCUUGGGUUGGAGAUGAGGAAGAGGAGAAAGUGGUGUCUUCGGUACUGAGUCUUCAAGGGCAGGGUAUUGGGGUUACCCCAGUAUUGAAACGCGUGUGCUCCAAUGCUUUGAACCCUCCUAAGGACACAAUUUCUGACAUAUUGGAUCUCGUGCUUAAGAGCAAUGAGGAGAGAGGGCGGCGUGAGAUGAAAUCUAUUGUUCUGAAGCUCCUUAGGGAGGGUAACUGUCUUCCAAGUUCAUCAGGCUUGGCUGACAUUUGCAGUGGAACAAUUUACAGUUCAUGCAGAGGCUGCUUGAGUUCACUAUUAUUCCUAUUCCGACAAGCUGCUGAACCGGGAUUUGCAGAUAAAUCCCUGGAUAGCAAAGAACCUGUGGUGAAGCAAAUAGCUCUGGAGGCCGAUAACCUCUUAUGGUUGCUUGAGAUUCUAGCCGACAGACGAGCAGCAGACGAGUUUGCAGUAAUGUGGGCUAGCCAGCAAGAGUUGGCAUCGCUUCACGCGAAGCUUUCCAUCAUGUGUCGCCACCAUGUUAGCUGCAUCACAGCAAGGCUGUACGUUGGGAUAGGAAAAGGAGAGCUGCUGCCAUCGAAGGACACCCGUCAUUCAUUGUUACAGACCUGGUUCCAGCCAUUGAUCAAUGACUACAGCUGGUUGCAGCACGGGCGCAGAUCAUUCGAUCGAAAGGUGGUGGAGGAAGGAAUAGGCAGGACAAUCCUCACGCUGCCUCUAGAGGACCAGCAGAGUAUCUUGCUCGCUUGGUUGGGGAGUUUUCUCAAGGCCGGCGAUAAUUGCCCUAACCUCCAGAAAGCUUUUGAAGUCUGGUGGCGAAGGACUUUCAUCCGACCUUAUGUUGAGCAGACGAACCCGCUCCAGGCAGAUGGCUCCAUGACAUCGAGGGAGUAAAUGACAAGGAAUAAGAUAGAAGAGUGAGACGAUAUAGCCGGCAAGUUCCUUGCACAAGAAAUUUCUUACUGGGAAUGAAUGUACAUGGAAGACUUCUGGAUUGCUGUAUCUGCGUUGAGUGGAUGAUGAUGUAGUAUAAUUUUGUGAAAGGAAUUUUAAUAUCCAUAUAUCUUAAGGCUAGUAUUGGUGCAUCGAUUGGAUGUGUUCCUAACUGCAAGUUCCCUAAUUGCCUGCCUGAGCCUGAGCCUGAGCCUGAGUUAUGCUUUGUUAUGGAAGUGGUUGCUCAUUGCAGUUGGCUGUUAAUAGCCAUUGUUCAUUCAGUCUUUUUCACCGUCAAGGUCAAGACAAUGGUGCAAGUGCGUGGCUGCUUUAGUCACUGGACCUUCAGGUUGCUUCUUGCCAUUUGAGACUUAUAUCCUAUGGCCAAGUUUGGAUUUUCCUUUUUACAGUUGCUUCUGUUUCUCAAACGCUUCCCGCGGAACCAUUAACCCUGUCAUCACCAUGGGUAUAAAUAAGAUUUGUAUGUAUCCAUCACUCAGCUGCUGCUAUUGCAUCAAGACAAGGAGGACCUCUGUCUGAUGCUAUGUCACUUGACAGAGAGUUGCAAGGAAAAUUAAAUAUUGUUAUAGUAAUUGAAAAUUUGAAAUGCUAGCCCUGGUGUGAAAGUUUGAGUUGAUAAUUUCUGAGCUAUUAUCCACUUUGAUCAAAGUUUUUGUCUAUGUGCAUGGUCUAUGCAGUUUUAUA